CAGUGAUCCAACGGUUUUCAAAUAGAGAAGGAAAUUUAUGUGAUUAAAUUCCUCCUGUAUAUAGCAAGUAACAUUGUAAUCUGUGAUAUUGAGCAAUAACGUCGAAGUGAUCGUCACGCAUUGACGACAGCAACAUGGAAGGAAUAUUUGAAAUACUCUGCGGUCUCACUGUAAUUAUUAUUCUUCUGUAUUAUUAUCUGACCAUGACGUUCGAUUACUGGAAGGUUUGCGACGUAAAAGGCCCUCAACCGAUUCCUUUAUUCGGCAAUAUGAAGGAUGUAAUAUUUCAAAAAAUAAAUAUGACAGAAUAUCUCAUGAAUAUUUAUAAUUCCUACAAGGACGAACGAUACAUCGGUAUCUUCUUUAGAAGUAGACCGAUACUCAUCCUAAGAGAUCCACAAUUGAUAAAGGACAUCUUAAUUAGAAACUUUUCCAAUUUCCCUCAACGAGUCAUAGACGUUACUGAUAAAGUAGAGCCAUUGACGCAAAAUCUCAUAUAUCUCGAAGCACAUAGAUGGAGACCAUUAAGGAAUAAAUUGACACCUGCGUUUUCUAUCAAUAAAAUGAAGGAAAUGUUUCCAUUGAUAAUGACCUCCUCACUUCAUUUUGAGGGAUAUAUUAAUAAGAUACCUGACAACGAUAUCAUUGAUAUUUAUAAAUUAUUCAAUAAAUUCACUAUAAAUAUAAUUGGUAAUUGUGUAUUUGGAAUUGAAAUAGACGUGAUUAAAAAUGAAGAAAAUGAUUUUAGUAAAAUUAUUAAAGAAAUAUUCAAGGAUAAUUUAAUGACACUGGUGAAAUAUCGUCUGCAAUUGAAUUUUCCGAAAUUGUACAACGAACUCGGCUUUCUAUUCCGAAAUUCUCGUCAAAUUUCUUUUUUUUUUUAAAUAUCGUUAAUAAAACAAUGAAAUACAGAAUAGAAAAUAACAUCGUUAGGAAUGAUUUCAUAAAUGUACUGAUGGAAUUGAAAAAAAAAAAAAUCUGGAAAAGCUUGGUGAGA